AGUCACUUGGUAUAUAAAGAAUAUAAUCCUCUAUCUCCUCUAUCUCCUCUUCCUCAUUACUAGUAUAUAUAGAUCUUUUAUUCUAUUUAUAUCUCUUCAAAAUGAAGAGAACUGGCACUGAUAUAGAUAACCCAUCGGAAAAUCUAUCAAUACGCUUCAUCCAAGGCAUCAAGAACCAUUAUCUCAGUGACUCGCAGAGAACGGAUUCGAAGAGAUUCCAUGAUAGUUCUCUAGUGCUUAACCAUAGCAUCUCGCUAUGCUUUGGAGCUGGAAUUUUUGGUUUCUUGAUUCUGCUGUUGCCUGAGGCUUCGGGGACUAGCAGCAUCCUGAGCAAGAGGAUUCACCACUGCAAACAAUCUAUCCAACAUUUCAAUGAAUCAAUCAACUGCAGGCUGCAAACCCAGAAACGAACCUUGCUGGUCUUCCAGGCAGAGUCGCUUCCAUGGCUAUCACGCAUUUUCUGCUAACAACAUAUAAACCACUAUCCAAGGCUGUUCCGAUAUAACCGCGGCUCAGACGCAGAGCUCCUCUGGGCAUCGAGCAUGCGGUUCCAGCGAGGAUGACAAGAAAGAGGCGGCGUGGUCGGAGAGUUUCUCGACGUAGAACUGCGCGCUGGCGGUCUCUACAUCGUCACAGAUAUGGAGAUACGUGCGAAAAUCGAAGGCAUCCUUGACUCGUACUAGACCCUGGAGGUCUCCUGGUUAUUGCUGAUCUCCAUGGAAUAAACCAUUUUGGCGGGAGGAUGCCAGUUUAGAAUAUCAGUGCCGUUGCAUGGAUAAUUCUGUCCUACCAUAAUGACUGUAGAAUAAUCUCGGUU